UAUGAAGCUCUGUGAUUGUUCUUACUGUAGACCUCUGUACCUGCAUGCUGUGGGAUAUGGACUGCCACUGACUAUAGUCAUCAUCUCUGCUGUCACCUACCCAGAUGGAUACGGUACCACACAACACUGUUGGUUGUCUCUGGAGAGAGGAUUCAUCUGGAGUUUCUUCGGCCCAGUAUGCACCAUCAUCUUCCUUAACGCUUUCAUCUUCAUCAUCACUGUCUGGAGGCUGGCCCAGAAGUUCUCUAGUCUCAACCCUGACCUCUCCAACCUACACAAGAUCAGGUGUUCACAGUGAACAGCAGUAGCCCAGCUGUGUGUGUUGGGUACUAUGUGGAUAUUUGGAGUGUUCCAGUUCCAAGAGGAGGGGACAGUGGUCAUGACAUAUCUCUUCACUAUCCUCAACUCUCUACAGGGAGCACUGCUGUUCAUCAUGCACUGCCUACUGAACAAAACGGUGAGAGAGGAGUAUUGCAAGCUGCUUGUCCUGUAUCUGCACACCACAGAAAGAAGAGAAUACUCAGAUUUCAGCACUAACAACCCUUCUUCAGCCAAUCCCAGGCCUGGUCAGUAG